CACCUGUGUCUAUUUAAGUGUGAGGUCUUGUGACGUUGUACAAGUGGUCAGCAGCAACAGAGAGAGUUGCAGCUGCAUUCUGACUGUGCUUCCUGUGAGAUACAGCAAGUUUGUCACUUCUCUUCGUAAUCUGUAAGAUCUCAGCACUGCAGGGACAACAACAUACACGGGUUUUCUCCUACUGUACAGAUGGUACAACGUUGCUGGACCACUUGCUCUUUCCGUGAAAUAGAGUCCAGCUGCUUUACCAUGGAGGCUACAGCCAAGUAUGACUUUGAAGCUACAGCUCAGGAUGAACUCAGCUUCAGAAAGGCAGCGCGAUUGAAGAUUCUGCAGACCACUGGAAACUGGUACAGAGCAGAACUUAAUGGAGUUGAGGGGUUUGUACCCAAAAAUUUCAUCAACAUUCAUCUGCCCAGCUGGUACCAGGAGGACUGUAGUCGCACAGACGCCCAGCAGAAGCUGAUGUCACAGCCUACAGGGGCCUUCCUUAUACGCAGUAGCCGACAUUCAGCCCUGAGUGACUUCUCCAUCUCUGUCAGACAUGCAGCAGAUGUGCUGCACUUCAAGGUGAUGCGGGACAGCAGUGGGCAAUAUUACCUCUGGUCAGAAAAGUUCCCUUCUGUCAACCAACUGGUGGAACAUUACAAACACAACUCUAUCUCUAAACAGAGUGAAAUAUUCCUACAAGAGGCACAACAACAGCAUAAAGGGGGCUCAGACAAGUUGCCAUUUCCCCCCACUCCUCUCCCCACUGCUCCACUCUCCAUCGGCCCACCUAAACCCGCACGACGACAGCACACAGCCUCCUCCACGCUCAAGGUCAUAGCUUUGUACAGUUUUCAUGCUGAAGAGAGAGACGAGCUGGAGUUCAACGCCGGCGAUAUCAUCACGGUCCUGGAGCGCUCCGACCAGACCUGGUGGAAAGGCCAGCUAAGGGGCAAAACAGGCCUGUUCCCCUCCAACUUCACCAAACCUAUCUGAGAGGAACUCACAGAGACAAACACUUUGUAUCCAAACAUACGUUUAAUGUCAAUUCUUGCCACUUUAGCUUUACUUACAGUAAGUCCCAACCCUAAACUGGCAGCAAAGGACUCAGCAAAGUGUUAUGUGACAGAAAGUGUCAGCUGUCGAAAAUAAAAAAGAGGACUAACUUGUUGGUUUAGGUGCACACACACACACACACACACACACACACACACACACACACACACACACACACAUUCUGCACAUGGAAUUUCUGUUUCUCGUCAUGGCAAACAUACUGUUGGCGUCCUGUAUAAGAGAUAUAUAAUAGGACAACUGUUUGUCUGCAAAAAGGACUUCUCAAAGAUUUAUUAAAGUUUACAUAUUGCUGUCAAUGUCAGGAUAUUUUAUUUAGACAGAUAGUAAUCCUUAACAAAAUAUUUGAAAAUGUGGUGUCUGCUUUUACAAAUAACUUAUAACAAAGCCCAUGGCAAUACUAUCUCAUGGUCAUGUACUGUAGGUACACAUUUCAGUUAUGAUGUCAACAAUAGCAUUUAUUUUCAGAUAUUUAUAUUUUGAAUUUAAGAAGUGAUGAGCACUAUUAUAGAGUGUUGACAAUUCGUUUUUUAAAGGAUAAUGAUUCAUACAUUAUCCUGUCCUGCCCAGUGAUGGAAUGCAACUAAGUACAUUUACUCAAGUACUGUUCAUAAGUACAAUUUAGAUAUACCUGGUCCAGGUCCAUUUUAGGCUAGGAAAUAUUGUACUUCCCCCACUACAUAUUGCUACUUGUUGCUUUUCAAGUUAAGAUUUACAUGUAAAAUAUUUGAUCAAGAUGAUGCACUAUCUUUGAUGAAAGCAACCGAUAUUACCGGAUUCCAAUAUUUUUAUAGUAACAAUUAUCAAAUGACAAUGUAAAAACAAUGUCACAGUGUGAAAGGUGUCCCCCGUAGUGAUGAACCUACAGAGAAUUAUCACCUGAAUCUGCAGGACCCUUCCAUUAAAGGAGCUUAAAGGAGUGACUUGCAAGUUUAAUGUUCUGGUUCACUCUCACUGCUCUUGCAGUGUUAUUUGCAGCAAAAAAAAAGGUAUUAAGGUCAUUACUGUACACUACUUGCUCAGCACUAAACAGCACACAGACACAUAUAGACUAGCUGGUAAACGUUUAGCAGCUAAAGAGCAAGAUAUUUCCCUCAGGAAUUGGUUGAAACCAAAAACAGAGCUAAAGGAGAGUUUUGAAUAUUGGACACAUCCAUCAGGUGGCCAAAAACAGGACUUCAAAUGAAUGAUAAUGUUGCUAUGUAACUGCUUUAUGUGUCAAUAAACUAUUUGCUAUA